AUGAGUCAAGUGGCAGUCUCUUCCAUGGGUAUCAGUCCCUCAGAAGAUGUCGAAGGAGGUGGAGGAAUCACCAGCAACAACAACACGCCUUAUGGAACCGCCGCGGAUUUAGAUGUUGCUAGAAAGGAAAAGAAAUCGUCGACUGGCAAUAACGCUAGUAGCAAUAGCAACCUUCCCUUCUAUGGACGUCAAGAGAUUGUGAAAGCAACUGGGAACUUUCCAGCUCUAGCUAGCAACAAGACGAGGAGGCCUCAACGAAUGGUGGCUGCCAAAGUCGAAGUGGGAGAGUUCAAGAAUUCCGGAGUGCUGCUCGGAGAAGCCAGUAUUUUGCACUUUUUGGAUUCGUGCCUUCCAGAGAAUACUGUGCCAGUCUACAUGGGGCAUCUCAAGGCAAAUGAAGACAUUUCUGCCAUUGUUAUGGAGUAUCUGCCGGGACAAGACAUGCACUUUAUUCGCGAAAAGACAACGAAGAAGAGGAGGCUUAACAUUGCAGACUCUGUGUUUUUGACAGCAUCCAUUAUUCUGCCACUGCUACAACGAAUGCACGAAGUUGGUAUGGUUCAUCGUGAUGUCAAGCCCAGUAAUUGUGUGAAAAGGGGUGUUAAGCAGUUUUGUAUGGUGGAUUUUGGACUUUCCAAGAGUGUGGUUGUGCAAAAGGAUUCUCCGGCUAGUGACCUCGAGAAUCCGUGGAAGGGGAAGGGUUGGAUCCGCCCGGCCAACCAAAGUGGCCAGGGAUACUAUCGGAAAGAACGACCGACUGCAGACUUUAGAGGAACCAGUAUGUAUGCCUCACUUCGAGUGCACCAGCUCAAGGACUACUGCGCUCGUGAUGACAUUUGGAGUUUGCUUUAUGUCUUUUGUGACUUGGUCAGUGGAGGACUUCCAUGGAUGCAACAUGCUGCAAAUCGCGAUCGUGAGGCGUGUCAGAAGCUCAAGGAACGGAUCCAUGGAGAAGAAGAGGGCCGCCCAGAUGAAACGAAACGACUCCUCAUGGGUAAUGAAUAUCAUGUUGCACUCUUUAACAAGUACAGAGGUGGUAUUGAUCCGCCAGAGGGAGUUUUGGACUUGUCGGAUCUGCCAGAACCACUGGCUCUGUCCAAAGACGAAAAGAAAGUGAGCUUGCUCCGGAACGCUUUUGAUCAUUUGAAGUCAUUGUCCUACUACGACAUGCCAGACUACUCUCUCAUCAAGGAAUGUCUGGAAGGCUUUCUGGACGAAAAUGCCCAGGAGCAGUGCACUGGGCUGGCUACUAUUCAAUGGGAACAGCUCCACCAACAAUCGAAGGAAAGAAAACGAAAAGGUAGACCUCUUUUGGGCACGGGAGUUCCCACCUGGGAAUUCGGUUUAUCAGGUGAAAACAACAGCAAUGGAAGCAAUGGAAAUGGCGACAAAAUGAGUGAAAUAGAUGACCAUAGUGAGGAUAAUAAUUACUACUGUUGGGAUCCGGUAAAUGCUGACACAUUUAUGGAAGCAGAAGCAAAUGCGGCAUCUGAAUUGCCCGAUGAAAACUCCGCGAAGUCGGAAGGAGACUUUGUUCGCUUGCCACUGGAACUACGAUUCAGAAUAGCUCAAAUGGAAUACAACAUGCUGCAUCACAAGAAGAUACCACCUCACUUGGCUCUUAGGGACUGGCUAAAGGUGGCUCUACCCGUACUGUAUGGGGAAUGGGAUUCUAAGACUUUUGAAAAGGGAGGGCACCGAACUUCGACCGAUGGAUAUAGAAGGGAAACAUACCUACAAGUUAUUGAUAAAUGCCUCAAGUGUGCUGAUAAGUUUUCUCGGUUCCGACAGCUGGCCUGUGUCUACCAAAAGGAAGACAAAGGUACAGACGCUCCGCGGUCACGAAAGAGGCGGCGAAUAAUUUCAACAAUGUUGGAACCAAAGACAGACUCACUUGGAUCAGACCUCCUGGCGAUUGCAAUGGCUUCAUUUCGUUUGCGUCAUGCCAAAAGACUAGAACAGAGGAAGGCAUAUGCACCACCGCCUAGACUUCAAUUUGGAUCUUCAUCUGGCUUCUGA